CAGUAUCGGUGCUACGUUGAUUCACGGCGUUCCACAACAACACAGGAAGAGCGUGAGUCCGUCCGUUUAACAUCUGCUGGAGGACUUGGGUGAACAUGGCCUGAUGGUGUCAGCUCACUGGAUGCACUUUGUUUUUCUAUCUCCGACGCCAUGGUGUUGCUUUUAUGGCUGGAGAAUCUGAGCAGCGCUGUACUCUCACAACUCAACACUGUCACAUUAGCUUUGACAGUGUUCGUCAUUGUGUAUGUUUUGGUUAGUUUCUACCAGAAACGGCGGGAGUUCGCUAAUAUUCCUCCGGGUCCGAAGCCGUGGCCGGUGGUCGGUAACUUUGGCGGCUUUCUCGUCCCCGCUUUCAUCCGCAGGAGGUUCGGACAGCAGUCAGAGGACAACGGCGACAAAAACCCGCUGGUCGUCCUGACAGAGCUAGCUAACGUGUAUGGGAAUGUUUACAGCCUUUUCGUAGGAAGUCAGCUGGUCGUUGUGCUUAAUGGCUACGAAGUGGUCAGAGAUGCUCUGUCAAAUCAUCCCGAGGUGUUCUCCGACAGACCAGUCGUUCCCACCAUCACCAUCAUGACCAAACGCAAAGGAAUAGUCUUCGCACCUUAUGGGCCAGUGUGGAGAACGCAGCGCAAGUUUUGCCACACCACCCUCCGAGACUUCGGCCUGGGGAAGCUGAGCUUGGAGCCUUGCAUCCAGCAGGGCCUGGCUACCAUCAAAGCAGAGCUGCUGCGGCUGAAUGAGGAGUCUGGUGGCGCCGGUGUGGACCUGGCCCCACUGAUCAGCAACAGCGUGUCAAACGUCAUCUGCUCUCUGAUCCUGGGUCAGCGCUUCCAUCACGAGGACCAUGAGUUCCGCACCAUAGUGAGCCUGAUGGCGCGCGGGCUGGAGAUCUGCGUGAACAGCCCUGCGGUCCUCAUCAACAUCUUUCCACAGCUUUACCACCUGCCUUACGGUGUCUUUAAGGAGUUACGGCAGGUUGAAAGGGACAUCACAGUGUUUCUGAAGAGGAUUAUCGCAACGCAUCAAGAGACAUUAGAUCCUGAGAAACCAAGGGAUCUGACAGACAUGUACUUGAUGAAGAUGUUGGCCCAGCAAGCUGCUGGAAAGAAGGACAGCAGCUUUACAGAAGAUUAUCUCUUUUAUAUAAUAGGAGAUCUCUUCAUCGCUGGCACUGACACCACUACUAAUUCAGUUUUAUGGAUUCUGCUGUACGUGGUCUUACACCCUGAUAUUCAAGACAAAGUCCAGAAGGAGAUCGAUGAAGUGCUUGGCCCACAUCGGGCCCCGUCUUACCCUGAUAAGGGAAGUUUGCCAUUUACUGAAGCCACCAUCAUGGAGGUGCAGAGAUUGACUACAGUUGUUCCUCUGGCUAUCCCUCACAUGGCCUCCGCGACAGCAGAGUUCAGAGGCCACACCAUUCCCAAAGGGACCGUUGUUUUGCCCAAUCUGUGGUCUGUCCAUCGAGAUCCUACUGUGUGGGACGACCCAGACAGUUUCAACCCAACACGCUUCCUGGACAGUGAGGGAAAGCUGCUCAGGAAAGAGUGCUUUAUACCAUUUGGAAUAGGUCGCAGGGUGUGCAUGGGGGAACAGCUGGCGAAGAUGGAGCUGUUCCUGACUGUAACCAGCUUACUGCAGGCCUUCAAAUUCAGACUCCCAGAGGGAACGCCUCCUCCUCCCCUGCACGGACGAUUCGGCCUGACGCUGGCGCCCUUCCCCUACACUGUGUGUGUGAGCCUUCGAAGAUGAAGGGGAAGUGAAAAGACUUGGUUUGAACAGAUUUCCUAUUAACCAACCUUGUGAUGUCAAGGACCUUGCAAAAGGCAGAAGAUGUGAGACAUAUACAGUAUAUAUAUUAAAGAUACCUGCCGGAUAUCUUUUAAGUCAGUUUUAAAAUGCCAAUCGUGUUGCCUCAGUGGGCAUUACAACCUGUACAGUGAACGACAUCCUCUGUCCUUAGAUCCUCGAUUCAAGAGAGGAAAAACUCACCGGGAAAAAAAGAAAAACUUCAUUAUGCGUUGCGUGUACAGAACAGAAAAACAAAAAAUGCAAAUGAAGAAUGAUGACCUCACAUGACCUCUGCUCCAGUAUGCUGACCUGGAAGAGGACAAGACACAAGAUGCCUAAAAAUAUCAGAAAGUAUUCAGGUUUAGAUGUGAUUUUUUUUUUUUUAUCAUUUUGGUGUUGCAUGAUGCAAAUCACUGAUUUACAGAAACACAAAUAUCUGUCUAUAUAUUGCUCCUUAUAGUGGCAUUAGAGAAAGGGAGAUUUUAGUUUUCUGCCCAAGAGAUUGGUCAUUUAUUUCCUUACAGAUUAUUGGCAGCAUGUCAAUAAAAAAAAACUUCAGUUUUUUUUA